UCCACAGUACAACUUCUGUUUGAAUAUCCUGAGGCUUAUUGAAUACAUUAAUGUAAUCAAGGAAAUCUUCACUGUGAGUAAUAUUUGCUAGGGGACUCAAUUAUCCCUCCUUUGGAUAAUUGAGAUUCAGAUAACUGAGGUGGUACUGUUGUGGCAAAAAAAACUUAUCACAUUCUUGCAUGUGGGUCCAAAUAUCAUUGUUCAUGCUAGAGUGUAUUAUAUUAUUUGUCCAUUUGUUUCAUACUUUGGUUUAUAUUAGGAGCGCCCGCUGAUUUUAUCAAGUCUGCUUUUGUUGUUUUAAAACACACAGGACUGUAAAUCAGAUCUUUCUUCAUAUUCCUUGGAGAGGGGCUUGGCCAGGUCCUCCAGAGACAGAAAAGAUGCAUAUCAAGUCAAUCAUUUUGGAAGGAUUCAAGUCCUAUGCCCAGAGGACAGAGGUCAACGGCUUCGACCCACUGUUCAAUGCUAUCACCGGCCUGAAUGGAAGUGGCAAGUCCAACAUCCUGGACUCUAUUUGUUUCCUGUUGGGCAUCUCCAACCUAUCUCAGGUGCGAGCAUCCAAUUUGCAAGAUUUGGUUUACAAAAAUGGUCAGGCUGGAAUUAUUAAAGCGACUGUAUCAAUCACCUUUGAAAAUUCUGACAAGAAACAGAGUCCAUUGGGAUUUGAGGCUCAUGAUGAGAUCACAGUCACCAGGCAGGUCGUCAUUGGUGGUAGAAAUAAGUAUCUAAUCAAUGGUGUGAAUGCAAAUAACACAAGAGUGCAGGAUCUCUUCUGUUCUGUUGGACUCAAUGUCAACAACCCUCAUUUUCUCAUUAUGCAGGGACGAAUUACCAAGGUUUUAAACAUGAAACCUCCAGAGAUUUUAGCUAUGAUUGAAGAAGCAGCUGGUACAAGGAUGUAUGAGUGCAAGAAAAUAGCUGCCCAGAAAACUAUAGAGAAAAAAGAGGCAAAACUGAAAGAAAUUCAAACGAUUUUAGAGGAAGAAAUCACUCCAACCUUACAGAAACUGAAAGAGGAACGCUCAUCCUAUUUAGAGUAUCAGAAGGUAAUGCGAGAGAUAGAACACUUAAGCCGUCUCUAUGUUGCGUAUCAGUUUGUUUUGGCUGAAGAGACGAAGGUGCGUUCUGCUGAUGAGUUAAAGGAAAUGCAGGCUAACAUAGCAAAACUUCAGGAAACAAUGGCUGAGAAUGAGAAAAAGAUGAAGGAACUUAACAAAGAAAUAGCAGAGAUGGAAAAGAAGAGAGAUCAGGUAAAGUUUGGUGGUGUACUUCGUUCACUGGAAGAAUGUUCUUGCAGAAUUCAGAGAGUUGAUACAAAGCACAAAGUGCUCUUGAUUCUCAAAAGCAAACUUAAAAGUGAAGAGAAGAAAUGUAAAGAAUUAGUAAAAGCAUGGAGGAGGUAAACAGAUUCUAAGGCUGUAGUGGCAAAGGAGCAGGAAGUAAAGAAGAUAAAAGAUGGGCUAAAUGCUCUGCAGGAGGCAAGUGACAAAGAUACAAAUGCCCUGGCUGCUGCACAGCACCAUUUUAAUGCCGUGUCUGCUGGUCUGUCCAGCAAUGAAGAUGGUGAAGAAGCAACUCUUGCUGGACAGAUGAUGACAUGCAAGAAUGACAUUAGUAAAGCAGAAACGGCGGCUAAGCAGGCUCAAAUGAAGUUGAAACAUGCUCAACAAGAAUUAAAGACAAAACAAGCGGAAGUGAAAAAGAUGGAUGGUGGCUACAAGAAAGAUCAAGAAGCAUUUGAAGCUGUCAAAAAGCUGAAAGAAAAACUAGAAAAUGAAAUGAAAAAGCUAAACUAUGAAGGCAAAAAAGAAGAAACUCUUUUAGCAAAACGGAGAGAGCUGUCUCGUGACGUCAAUCAGUUGAGGGAGUCAUAUGAAGCCUUAAUGGCCAAGUUUCCCAGUCUGCGGUUUGAAUAUAAGGAUCCAGAAAAAAAUUGGAAUCCAAACCAUAUAAAAGGGCUUGUUGCCUCUCUAAUCACCGUGAAAGAGAUCUCCACAGCAACAGCUCUAGAAGUGGUAGCUGGGGGAAAACUCUAUAACAUUGUGGUGGACACAGAGGUUAUUGGUAAAAAACUGCUAGAAAAAGGUGAACUGAAGCGUCGAUACACCAUAAUUCCACUAAAUAAAAUUUCAGCACAGUGUAUUAGACAAGAAACUGUGAUGGCGGCAAAACGCUUGGUUGGUGCUGACAAUGUGCAUUUGGCCCUCUCUCUGGUUGGGUAUGAGUCUGAACUGCAGAAGGCAAUGGAAUAUGUCUUUGGAACAACACUGGUUUGUGAUAACAUGAAUAAUGCCAAAAAAGUGACUUUUGACAAAAACAUAAUGAAAAGAACCGUCACUCUUGGAGGAGAUAUGUUUGAUCCUCAGGGGACUCUGAGUGGAGGCGCACGCUCACAGGCUACACCUGUUUUGUCCAAGCUUCUGGAAAUGAAAGACAUUCAAGAAAAAUUAAAAACAAAGGAGUCUGAGUUAGACGCAGUAGAAAAGGAUCUGGCAAGCUUAAAGAACACUGCUGAAAAAUAUCGCCAACUGAAGCAGCAGUGGGAGAUGAAAUCAGAAGAAGCAGAGCUAUUGCAAACCAAAGUUCAGCAAAGUGCCUAUCACAAACAGCAAGAGGAGCUGGAUACCCUUAAGAAAACCAUUGAGGAAAGUGAAGAGACACUAAAGAAAACCAAGGAAAGCCAAAAAAAGGCAGAAGAAAAAUAUAAAGUGCUGGAGAACAAAAUGAAAAAUGCCGAAGUGGAGCGUGAGAGAGAAUUAAAAGAUGCCCAGCAUAAGCUAGAUGGUGCCAAAAAAAAGGCAGAUGUUUCCAGCAAAAAAAUGAAAGAAAAGCAGCAGGAAGUUGAAGCAUUAGUUCUGGAAUUAGAAGAGCUAAAGCGAGAACAGGCCUCCUAUAAACAACAGAUUGAGGCUGUGAAUGAAGCUAUCAAAUCCUAUCAGGCUCAGAUUGAUGCUAUGGCAUCUGAGGUGUCCAAGACAAAGACAUCUGUAAAGAAAGCUCAGGAGGAGCUGGCUAAGCAAAAAGAAGUAAUCACGGCUCAGGAUAAAGAAAUUAAAGCCAAAUCUGCAGAGGCUGUAAAAUAUAGAGAACAAAAUAAUGAAUCACAGCUUAAGGUUAAAGAGCUAGAACAUAACAUCAACAAACACAAGCGAGAAACUACUGAUGCUGCUGCCAAGGUAGCUAAACUACUGAAAGACUAUGAGUGGAUAGCUUCAGAGAAACAACUUUUUGGUCAACCUAACACAGCGUAUGAUUUUAAAACUAACAAUCCUAAAGAAGCAGGUCAGAGGCUGCAGAAACUACAGGAAAAAAAGGAGAAGUUGGGAAGGAAUGUCAAUAUGAGAGCUAUGAACAUGCUUUCAGAGGCAGAAGAAAGGUAUAAUGACUUAAUGAAGAGAAAAAGAAUUGUAGAGAAUGACAAGUCUAAAAUACUUGCAACUAUUGAAGAGCUUGACCAAAAGAAAAAUGAAGCUUUGAACAUUGCCUGGCAAAAGGUGAACAAAGACUUUGGUUCAAUUUUCUCUACUCUUUUACCUGGGGCCAAUGCUAUGCUGGCAGCCCCUGAGGGGCAAACUGCCCUCGAUGGUUUGGAAUUCAAGGUUGCCUUAGGAAAUACCUGGAAGGAAAACUUAACAGAACUUAGCGGAGGUCAAAGAUCUUUGGUGGCUUUGUCCCUGAUCUUAGCCAUGCUUCUCUUCAAACCUGCUCCAAUUUACAUCUUAGAUGAAGUGGAUGCAGCCCUUGAUCUUUCUCACACACAGAACAUUGGACAGAUGCUUCGGACUCACUUCAGACAUUCCCAGUUCAUUGUGGUAUCCUUGAAGGAUGGGAUGUUCAACAAUGCAAAUGUCCUCUAUAAGACCAAGUUUGUAGAUGGUGUAUCCACCGUGGCAAGAUAUACUCAGGCACAGAAUGGAACUAACGUAUCUGCACAGCAAAAAGCUGACAAAGCAAAACAGAAGAAUAGACCCAGGCCCUAUGUGGAUGCUUGAAGAGCAAAGUUCCACCAGCAGCACUUUCUGCUGGAAUAUCCUGUGUUUCUUGUCUUUACGUUGAAGAGACUGGAAAUGCCAUUCUAAAAACACAUUACUGAAUGGCCAACUUAGAAAAAACAACAAAACGCUGAAGUGAGCAUGAGGGGAGUCGGUGAAUACUCUGGCCAGUUUUAUUCUAUAUAUUCUCUAAUUGUAAUUCAUGUUUAAAAUUCUCAUUAUAUUUGGUUUUCUAAAGAGAAAUAUAGACUGAAUAGCCACUCACUUUUUUGUCUCUUCAGUUGUUCAUUUCUAGACACUUCCUCUGUUUUAUCCUUCCUUUUUUGUUUUCAUACCUGAAUUUCUAACUCAGGCAAAGCAUUGCCGUUGUAUUGGCUGAAGCCAGGCUGACCAGGAACAGUUGCUACUUCUGUUGUGUCCCACUCACAAUUCAGUGUUUUCCUCCAUUUUUAAAAUCUGCUUUUUUCUUUUUAUCAUGAUUCCUUAAAAAUGAGAAAAAGGUUCUUGUAUUCUGACAUCAUGUAAAUGUGUGUGAAAUUUCAGUAGGGCAGAAGAAUAGAGACUACUUAAUGGAGUUUUUUAAAUCUUGUAUCAAAAAGCAAUUGAAAAUACUUGAGAGAAGCUUGAUUGCUAAAGAAUACAACAUAAAAAUAAAAUGCUAAUGGUUAUACUGCUGACUUUUUCAAAAAGCAAAACAGGAAAGGUAAUUUCUUAUCCUUCUAAACAAUAACUUUGGUACAGUUGCUAAAAUUGCCAUGUUAAUAUUUUAAUUUGUUUGUGUUGUCAAUAAACGAUUUUAGCUCAAA